AGAGAGCGGAGCAUUGAAACAGGGACUUCCCUGAGCCUCCAUCAUCUACAGGGAGGGAAAAAAACACUCACACACACACAGCCUCCCACAUACACACACACGCACACUGUGCCGAGAGCUAGCAAGGGGCUUUAAACAGCUUCACACUAAAUAGAGACAAAGGGACUGUAACUUGCCACAAUGGAGGAAAACAUGGAUGAAUCACAAAGCCAGAAAGGCUGUAAGGAGUGUUGUGAGCGGUGUGUGGGCAGUCUGCCCUGGGCCUCUCUCAUUGCCACUAUUCUCCUCUACAUGGGUGUGGCCUUGUUCUGUGGAUGUGGCCAUGAGGCUUUGAGCGGCACCGUCACCAUCCUUCAGAACUACUUUGAAGUCAUCAGAGCCCCGGGAGAAACGCUGGAUGUGUUCACCAUCAUUGACAUCCUGAAGUACAUCAUCUAUGGCCUUGCAGCUGGAUUCUUUGUGUUUGGAGUGCUGUUGCUGGUGGAGGGCUUUUUCACCACCGGAGCUAUUAGGGAUCUCUAUGGAGAGUUCAAGAUCACUGCCUGUGGACGCUGCCUGACUGCAUUUCUGAUGUUCCUGGCCUACCUGUUCUUCCUGGUAUGGCUCGGAGUGACAGCGUUCACCAGCCUGCCAGUCUUCAUGUACUUCAACGUUUGGUCCAUGUGUCAGAACACCAGCUUGGUGGAGGGAGCAAACCUCUGCCUGGACCUGCGUCAGUUUGGAGCGGUGACCAUCUCUGAGGAGAGGAAGGUGUGUACAGGAUCUGAGAAGUUCUUCAAGAUGUGUGAAUCCAACGAGCUGGACUUGACCUUCCAUCUGUUCGUGUGCACACUGGCAGGCGCAGGAGCUGCUGUCAUCGCCAUGGUCCACUUCCUGAUGGCUCUAGCCGCCAACUGGGGCUAUCUGAAGGACGCCAGCCGGAUGCAGAAGUACGAGGACAUCAAGUCGAAGGAGGAGCAGGAGCUGCAUGACAUCCACUCUACGCGCUCCAAAGAACGUCUCAAUGCCUACACAUAAACACACACCCAAGAGAAACGACCAACGCACACUUACCUGUCAGACACACACAAGAUGAUACAUGCACACACACACACACACACACACACAGAAACACUCACACACAGGUCAAGGGAUAGCAGAAACAUACGUUACAUACAUGAGUGAAAAAACAACACAAACAUACAUUCAAACACAACAGAUAAAGACACGAGUAGGCAGAAAUUAGUUGAUUACAUGAAAACGAUGAAAACACAGACACCACACAGUAGUUUAUUGACUCAGGUGGUCUAUGCUAACAUUUAGCGGCCGCUACGUUGGUUUGCUCCAUGCUUUUAUUAACCCUGACUAAAGCUUUAACUUAAAGGUGAAAACAAGCAGAGGCCACUUUCCUCUGCCCACUGCCAGAUUGUAUCCUACUAAAACUCACUGAUUAGAGGCUCCAUGAUUACAGGAUUGCUUAAUUAGAAUUGAUCCAAAAAGAAAAUCUGGCUACUUCAAAUUUAAGGAGCUCAUGAUAUUAUUCCUUCAUAUAGCCUAAGGAUCUAAAUUUACCAGGGCAGGCCUCAGCCUUUUGGGGCCUUAGCUUGCCUUCCCCCAGUUUCACAAAGUAGCUUUGCAGUGCGUGAGUGUGCAAAACAAUCAGCUGGAACUGGCCUCACAGACAGAAACCAAAAUAACCCUGGCAAAGAUAUGAAAAAUUUAGGGGAAGAAAGUACAGUGCAUGAUUAAAAAAAGCACAAGAAACAUACAAGAUAAUAACACUUUCAGAAAGACAAAUAAUGAGCAGAAGAACCCAAAGAAAUAUCAUAUUUUAAUUUGCUUGUUUGUGCCGCCCCGGUGGCCUUAAGCAUCUAAUUAGUGUGCUUAAUGUUAGGGCCAGCUUUGCCUUUUCUUUUUAAAAAACGCCAACAUUUUCUUGAAAGGUUGGUGUUUUUUUUUUUGUGUCCCUUUCACUGGCCUACCAUCAGUCACCAUAUGGUGAUCUCCACAGCUUGCUGCUGAACGGCUAUGAGCUAUUAGCAUGGCACACUGAAGUCAACAAUCUACAGCCGACAUACGAUUAAGUUUGGUGUCUAUGAGCUCAUCCUUUUAUGUGGGGGCCUUUCAAAAAGGGGCAAUGUCACUGUAUCUCCCCAAUAGCCUCAAUACCUGCAGUACACACACAUCACAUGUCCACACACACACACACACACACACACACACACACAUAGAUGUGGCUGAAUGGUCGGUGUUGUGCAGGCAGUGUUGUAUGGUGGUGUCAUGCUGUGUUGUGUCGUUUCGCCACAUUAUGAUGACUGGUAUUGCAGAGAAAUAUGGCCCCCCAAGGAAAUGUGUACCUCCUGAGUACAAAUGGGUAGCUUUGAUAAUGUUUCCUCCCCUCCCCCUCUCUUUUCGACUCCUUUUACCUCCGACCCUACCCAUCCUUUUUCUCUACGAUGUGACCUCUUCAUGCUGAGCCCAGUUUCAUUAGUUGUUCCACGUAUUCGUGUUACACAUGCCGACCGGUGUGUCCCACAGGUGGCUGUUAGAAGCGCAGGGGGAUGGGAUUUUUGAAAUGAUGAUAAUGACAUAUGUUGAUUGAAACAAGAUGCAGAUCAAAAUGAUGUCAUAAUUUCUCCAAAUUCCCCCAGCAUUGCUCUAUUUGUACUCUGUAUCACAUAUCAGGCUCCUUACGCUCACUUGAACUAAAAGCACUUAAUUUCGAAGAGGCCAUUUCAGACACCUAGUGAAACGGGGCUCUGCGUCCUCCCCCCCUUCAUUCCCAGUUUGUAUAAACUUGUGAUUUGUCCUCAGAAACAGCACAUCUUAGCAGCACAAAGUCUUUUUAACGUGUGUCAUGUUCUCAUCAGUCUGAUAAAUAAUGUUUUUCUCACUUUUUGGAAUUUUUGCCACAUUUUUAUCAGUAUUAUUUAUGUGUAAUUUUAGCAUUGGGGGUAUUUAAAACGGGGCAGGUGUGUAAGGGGAGGGGUGGGGUUAUAUCACUUUCACAUUUUCAUGUGAUGACUAUAUUUCAGUGGUUCUGCACACACACACAAAUACACACAGAAACACGUACAAACGCAUACACACCAAUCAUCUCGAGGGAUUCUGUUCUCUCGUCGUCAUGUUUUCUUUUGUGUAUCUUUUUUUUUUUUCAACGAGCCCUGAUGUGACCAAAAUAAUAGUUUAUUUGUAAGUUGAAUUCAACUUGUCGUUGAUGUGAACAGAUGAUUACUGUGAAUUCUGGGUGGUGUGGUGGUUGUGCAGGAGCAGCAUCACUGAAGGUUGUAAAGGCUGAGCUGGUUAGCUUUGGUCUGAGCAGGAUGGAGGAUUCAUUUGCCAAAAGAAUUUUAAGGUUUAAAUAUUGGUAACCUCUUAGGAGGAGUUUGUGAGGUGUUUGAAAUGGAUGACAUAGAGUGGAACUUGUAUUAAAAAAAGGUCUGGAGGUGCUGAAGGAAUUGGGAGAAAGGAAAUAAGAGUCGCCGUUACUGGCUGCAGGGAUUGAUUAAGCUGGAGUGUUAUCGGGAGCGAUGAAUGAUGUCAGCUCAGAAGCACGUGGUUUAGGAAUGAUUUGCUUUAUUGAAUACGUUUGUGGUUUUAAGGCUGUUCCAAGUCUAUAUUUGGUGUCUUAAUGAUCUCCUUGUGCUUUUAAACUGGAUGCUGUAUACUGCAUAUAUUUUUGAUCAGCAAACAACACUUAAAAUUGGUGAUUAUAAUAAGAGAUCAUCUAAAAUAUCAUCACUCUGACUGAGAUGAUUUUUGAUUCAACUUCUACCCUUGGAGGGAGAUGUCUGUAUUUUUGAACAUGGGCUUUAUUUUCCCAUGUUUGUGCCUGAAUGACAAAUGGAGACAACAGUUUUCGAAAUUGGUUCAGUAGUGAGAGAGAGCGCUGCAGCUGUAGCAGCAAUUUAUGUCCAUUAAAUGUGCUUGUUUUUAUAUCUGACACUCACACCGUUAUUGUGAGUGUCUUACAACAGUGCAGAAAGGACGCUACAGAGAAAUUAAAUGUCUUUACGUACCUUUCGCUGGUCUGUUUGUUAUUGUGUCCAAGUUUCGCUCAAGGAGAAGUCUUGUUUUUAUAUCUCAGGAGAGGUGACUUGUUGCAGGGAAACAAUGGUGGAAACGUUAGUUGGAGAGAGGAGUGCUGGGAAGAGUUUGUUGUGUUGGAGAACGAUGCAUAAACGUUGGAGAGAUUUCAGAGCGAGACUUUUCCUUGAGUGAGAGUUAGUGACACUAACAAGCAUGCUGGAUCAGCAAAUGGGAAGGAAUAAUGUUUCAUGUCUCUGUAGGCUCCUUUCUGUAAUGUUGUCAGACACUUGAAAUAACAAGCUGAGCCUGUCAGUGGCAAAAAGACACACUUAUAGUGGACAUCAGUUGAUGCUAAAUGGUGCCUGUAGGGAUUACACUGCAGGCUGUUUCGCCGCUGUGGCUGCAGCGUUCUCUCCAUUACACAAAAACAUGGAAAAAUAGGGCCCAGGUUCGAAAAAACAUUUUUUCAAGAGGCCAGUUAGACUUCAAAUGAGUGGUUAUAACUAAAAAUUUGAAGUGGAUUUUUUUCUUUAUGUCCUGUAUACAGCACUUCAGAUUUAAAAGAGGGAGAUUUAAAGAUUAAAAUACUUAAAUUCUUGGUCACUAGUGCACAGGGCUGUUAUGUUUGUAUUCUGUGUUAAGUUAUGUUGAGCCAGCCGUUAGGAUAAGAGGAUUGUACGUAAUGUCUAACUGUGAAGGAAAGUGAUGAUUCUCUAUCUGCCAGUAGAGAUGACUGAGAGGGGAUUUGUCUUCAGAAUGAUGACUGUACGGAUGAUGGUGACGAUGGUGGUGGUGAUGAUGGUGAUAGUGGCGAUGACGUGAGUCAUAGAAGGGUUUGAUUUGAUGAGACUACUAGCACACACACACACACAUACGCACAAACACACAAAUACACACACAAACACACACAUGUUCCACCACCGCCAUUACUCUGAGCCGUAAUUCUUUGCUCUUUUACUUUUCACCGAUAACAUUUCACUAUUUUAUUAUGAACUUUUAAUCUUUGAGACUUUUUAAAUGUGAAAUCAUUUAAUUAGAAAAAAAGAAAAAAAUUUUUUUCCUUUUUCCUUUUUGUGGGCAGUAUUAACUCUGUAAAAAGAUAUACAUAUAUGUGAAACAGUUGAGGUGAGCAGCCGGGAGAAUGAUUUCCUAUUGGUUACAGAGUCUGGAAGAGGUGGUUCAGUCCCAAUGUCCUGAGCCUUUACUCCCUCAGAGAGCUGCUUAUACACACACAUCAAAGAUAUCAGAUUUUGAAGUUGUUGCAACACUGGUUAUUCAAAAUGCAAGAUGAUUUUCCACAUGAUAGAGGAUAUAUUGGCUGAUAUAAAUGUAGUAUAAACAUUUAAAUAUCUAAAACUAAUCCCGUACUUUGGAAAAGGUUCUGCAAUAAUGUAAAAAGCACCUGGAGUAAAAGAGGCUAAACAUGUCACCUCUAUAGGAGGCAGAACUCGUCAUGAGACGGGACCUCAGCAUCUGAUAAAUGUUUUUAUUUCAUUUUAACAAGCAUGAGGGUAUAAAAUAGCGUCAUAUUGUAAAGCUAAUGACAAAUAAACGUGGUGUAACGAAAUCUUUUGACCGCCUGUUUGGUAGUUAAGUUGGUGUCAGGGGGGCACUGUCAGGAGAGGUAAACCAGGCAAAUGUUUGGGACCCCUGCAAAAUAAUUUGGAAUAUCUUGGAAAAUUUUGUAACUUUAAAAUCCCUUUAACCUCCCUUUAAGACACUAUACAGUGCACCAUCGCUACCCUCUGGAUGACAGCUGGAUGCAGUCGUCCUUGCCUGGGGCCCUCCAGAAUCUAGGAUCGCCACUGGUGUUAGUUGCGCAGAACCUUUGUGGUUUCACACUCAUGAAUGCCAAACUGAUGCAGAAGGCAGGUCGACAACACAUGCAGUAACACAUUAAUUGGCUGAGUGGCCAUACAAGCGCUUAAGUUUUGCUUGUCUGGGGUUUAAAACAGUGUUUGAAUCUGGUUCUUUGUGGUGUGUAAAUGCAGCUGAAUUUGACAAAAAUUAAAAGACAAAACAAAAAAAAAAGCCGUACCAUCGUUGUCAACGUGGGGAGACUCCACCAGACUCGUCUCCUGUUCAGGUGUGUCUCGGCUGCAUGCAGUCAGUAUUUUUAAGGUUCUAGUUUUACAGUAACAGUAUUCUAUCAUUUCAUUGCCUGACAAUGGAUGUCAUGUCAGUGUUUUUAACUUCAGAUAAAUGAAAAAAAAUAGUUUUUUUGUGCACUUAUUGACCAUUGUGAGCUCUCUCUCUCUCUCUCUCUCUCUCUCUCUCUCUCUCUCUCCAUUUCUCUAUCUCUCUAUCUCUCACUCUCUCUCUUAUUCUUGGUGUGUAAGUGCAUUGAGAUCCCCGUAGUGGGAUCUGUGUAUAGUCUUGCAGCAUUGGUUAUAAUCUGAAGAAAUAACAAUGAUGAAAAUGAAUGAAUUCAUAAUAAUGAAGAUAAUCUUAUACUAGGUAAAAAAAAAAAAAAAAAAAGACAGUGAAUCUAGUUGUUGUUUGUGGCAUGGUUAUGCAUUCAAUGGUCAUAAUUUCAAUGAUUAAAACAAUACAAAAAAAAAAAAUCAUUCUUUUCCACUGGCGCUGUUCUGCUGUUUUCGUUCUGUUCUCCACUUUUCAGUGUGCAGUAUUGCGGUUGCUGUUGCUAAUGGUGUUGCUAAGCUAGCUUGCUUGCUCAGUUGUUUACCACCAGAGCAAUAUAUUGUAGCAGUCUGACGAAACAAAGACAUAAAACGAAAAAUCCAUACCCGUAAAUUUCUGGUAUACAAAGUGCAUGAAUCUAUGACUGCAAGUCUUAAGUGAUAUGAUCAUGGUGUUCUUUAUUGUUUAUCCUAAUAAAAGCGGAUUUGCAUAUGUGGUGUAAUGUAUUGCUCUGGCCACCCAUUAUCCUGCACCCACCUCUGCUCACAUCCUCUUCCUCAUUCGGGGUCAUUUAGGCUCAAAUCACCGCCACUCUGGAGGUCCGAUUCAGAUUUUAAAACUGACUCUUGUCUGAUUUCCUGUGUGCUUGUGUAAACAAGAGUCACUGAUGCAUAAGUAAAGCUUCACGUAACCUAGCAACAAGCACAGUCUGCCCAGCGCUCACAGCCAAAUCACCAUCUGUAAUGGACGCUAACAAGGCAGAAUAAUAUUCCAGUUACCUCCAAAGCAUAUUUAGAGCUGCACAAUCACAUUUGAAGGUGAAUGGUUGUAGGCAGCAGUGACUGAAUAUUGGCAGAUAUUAGAUUCCUUGCUGAAUUAGAUCUCCACAUAUGAUAAGGCCCAAAAAUAAAUCUGAGAAUAUGUAGUUUUUAAUUUCAGCAACACUAUCAAAUUGGGUCAUCUUUGCCAGGUGGUGUUAAUGUAGCCUAAAUGAAGACAAAGCACCUAAAAUCAGAUGUUUAAACUGCCAUAAGGACAUACGGCUGCUGUCGUGAUCAGGAAGAGGAUAUGAGCUGCUUGUUCUCCAUUCGUUUGAGUCUCCUCAUUUACUCUCUAACCCACGUCUCCUUGUAAAGAUGAAUAUGUGUGUUGACACGUACUAACCCUGCGUCCUUCUUGUCUACCCGCUGACCAAGGCUGAACAAGGAUAAACUUUACCAUUCCAUUGAUCCUGACCGCAUGCAUUUGUGACAGGAUUCAGAAACUUUAACUGUGUCAGCCUGAUAACGCAUGAAUUUCAACGACAUGAAAUCUGAUUUCUAACACUCUGUGAAAGAGAUUUGAUCUGUUUUUGACUGUUUUUGCAGCUAUAAAAACCUCAGCUCUGUAUCACAGGAUGAAAAAUCAGAUCCUCUGUGCCUGAACUAAUUCAGCUCUUGUCCAUCGUGAACUGAACCACAGAUCUAAAAGCUGAUGAUGUCAGUCUGUGACCUUCAACUGAUUAUCACAUGUUUCAGAUCCAUGCAUUAUGUCAGGUUGGACAUUUUGGACGUUAGGAGUAGAUUUUAUUUUAUUUUUUUUGUUGGUUUCACCAUGGUAUUCUAGACUUUUUGUACUUCACUCUGUUUGCUUAGUAGCAGGCUUUAUCUGAUUCACUCCUCCAUUUUUGUACAUAUCUGUGCCAACAGCUUGGGCAGACAGUGGCUUUUUUUAUUUGUAAAGACAUAAACUUGCUUGCAUAUAUAAAUAAAAUUAAAUAAUACACUUGUGUACUUGUUAAUAAGGGAA